AUGCGUCCCUCCCUCUCCUUCCUCCUCCUCCUCGUAGGGUCCGUCAUGGCCCAGGAGAAGGUGCAGCUUGAAUAUGAUCAGACCUACCAGCUUCGAGUCUAUGCGCCCGCGCUCCCCCAGUUCAACGGCACCCUCAUCGCCUGGGACGAGACGCAAAGCAGCUACCUCGCCCAGACCCCGGCCCCCAAGAACACAUCCCCCUCUUCUUCCGCCGCGCGCCGCCCGAGAUCGGCGCGCCCCUCCCUUCAUGAGCUUCCUCGUCGUCCCCACCCCCAACGCGGCCCCUCCAGCACCAAGGGCGUGCAAAACUACCUCGCCAUCAUGGGGCCCACCGCCCGCUCCGAGUACCGCAUCGUGUCCCUCGAGUAUCCCGCCCCGGCCAACGUGGGCGUCUCCUUUGAGUUCAACAAGUGGAACGUCGUCCCGGAUAGCGACGGCCGCCAGCUCCUGCGUCCCCAGGACGUCGCCGGCAAGAGCGCCUCCGAGACCCCGUUCUGGGCGUUGGCCGAAGAGAGUUGGGGAUGGGUUCUGUGGUGGUAUCUCCCCACCGCCCUCAACAAGAACGAUCUUGGAAAGUACCAUCGCGUGGAUAUUGAGGUGGCGCCGGUCUUGUCGGCCGGGUCUACUUCGCCAGCCGGGCCCAUCUCGCGAGUUAGGAGGAGGAUCCAACACGCCCAGCGCUAG